AAACGUCAGCAAUUCUCAUCUUUGAGCAGUGUUUCUAGCCUGUACAAGGACACAGGGUGAAACAGUGUAUAACCUGCAACAUUUGCCGCUUUCGUUGUAUCUUUCAUUGUGUGUGAAUACAUGCAUAUUCUCAUGAAAACCAAUGAUGUAAUUACUAACCAAUUAUUGUGCCUUGGAGAUUUGUUAACCAAUAAUAAAGUAACACGCAUAGUAGGUGAGAACUAAGAAACUUAGAAACUAUAUAAAGUAUGUCUGAUGCUCAAUAAAGUUGCUGUUGAUUCUGCUGUUGAUUCUGCUAUCCGUGGAUGUUUUCCUUUCACUCAUCUCCAGCUUCCGGGAAACAAAUGCAACAUUUGGCGCCUGGAACAGGGACUCAUACUUCGUCCGGCAAGGACAGACGCGUUGUCAGCCUUUGGGCUUCUCAACCUUAUCUCUUUAAAGGUUUCUGUAAGUAUGGGACCUUCGCUUUCUCAAGGGCAAUGGAAGCAUGUUGAUGAUUUGGUGUAUCUUCUUAAGAAGUCUGAAUUGUCUGUCUCACAGAAGGCUCUUUAUCGGCUGGUACGAGAAAUUGCCUUAACUUGUUCAUUCUAUCCUGAUAGGGGUUCUUUAAAAUUGUCAGAUUGGGAAAAAGUUGGCAAGGUUUUGCAUUCUAAGAUAAGUCCAGAGGUAGAUAUUUUGCAUGCUUGGCAGCUAUGUAGACAUGCUAUAGAAAUGUUUGGUCAGAAGGAAGAGAAGGUUUCUUCUCUUUUAACACCUCCCUCUCUUCAACAUACUACUAAUGUGAUAUGUCCUCCGCUAUCUGAAAAGGAAGUUUUGUCUCCUGAUUCUAAGGCUAUAAUAAUUCCAUCUGUGCCUGCAUUAAUACCUUCUGCUCCUUCUGCUUCUUCUGACAUUGAACCAAAGUCUCCUUCUAAUAUUGUUCCAAAGUCUUCUUUUCAAAAGAUGGUGGAAAAUUGUAAGACGGAUGUUGCUAUUUCUGGGGAAGAGUUAGCUGAAUUGUUAUCAGUAUGUCCAGGGCAAUAUCAACAAGGACCACAAGCUGGACCAGAAGGUUUGCCAUUUCAAAUUUUACGGGAGUUAAAGAAGGCUAUUUCUGAUUAUGGAGUUACUGGAAAUUUUACUAGAGGUCUUUUAGAGGGAAUUAAGAACGGGUAUACUAUGGUACCUCAAGAUUGGAAGCAAUUGUGUCGCAUGAUUUUAACUCCGAUGCAAUAUGUGGUUUGGGAAAGUGAAUAUUUGCAUCAUUCUCAUGCAGCUGCUUUAAGGGGUGGUGGUGCUUACACAGUAGAACAGUUAUUUGGAUCAGGUCAAUUUGCAACUAUUCCUACACAGCUUGUUCUUCCUCCUGCUACAUUAGCUGUAGUUUCUGAGUGUGCCUUUAGAGCUUUUUUAAAAGUUCCACAAGCUGGUGAGCCUAAAAUUAGUUUUUCUAACAUACACCAGGGAGCAACUGAGCCUUAUGCUGAUUUUGUAGAAAGACUUUCAAAAGCUUUACAUCGACAAUUGGAUAACCAGGAAGCAGCAGCAGAAUUACUGCGUCAAUUGGCUAUUGAAAAUGCUAAUGUAGACUGUAAACGUGCUCUCCGACCUUUAAAAGCUACAAAUCAAUAUACUUUAGCAGACAUGUUACGUGUUUGCCAGGAUAUUGGAUCUCAAUCAUAUAACAUGCGUUUAUUAGCUGCUGCAAUUCAGAAAGGAACAAGGCCUGUGGGGAAUUGUUUCAAAUGUGGAAAAGUAGGUCAUUUCCAGAAAGAUUGUCGUUCAACGCCAUCUACUGGUGGCGAUCGUCCUACAAAGAAAUGUCCUAUUUGUAAGAAAGGUUUUCAUUGGGCUAAUCAGUGUCGUUUUCGUUCGGGAAAGUUGCAAGUGGGUGUGGCACCCACCCAGAAACAAAAAUGUGCCUUUCCCGUAAAUCUUCUCCCCCUUCCUCCUCCUCCCUCUCUUGUGCCUCCUCAGCCACAACAGGUAGCGCUGGGAUCGAUUUAAUUACUCAAGAAGAUUUGGAUUUUAAAUUUCCUUUAGAAGUUAAACUUGUUUCUUCUCAAUACACUGGUCCUCUCCCUUCUGGAUUAGUUGGUAUUAUUUUACCACGUUUUUCUGCUCAUAAAUUAGGAUGUUUUGGAGUUCCAGGAGUUAUUUGAUUCUGAUUACACUGGAGUGAUUCUUAUGCAAAUUUGAGUAAAUAUUCCACAAUUUGAGCCUGGUGGCGCAGCAGACUAAAGCACUGUUAUUAACAUUCAGCUGCCUGCAAUUACUGCUAGUUCGAAUCUCCCCAGGCUCAAGGUUGACUCAGCCUUCCAUCCUUUCUAAGUGGCCUGUGCAAUGGCCUAAACGUGAUGUUAAUUCCUUGUGGGGCAUUGGUGGGUCUACAACUGCUUGGCAAAGCAUUCAUCCCAUUGCCAUCACAACUUCUGCUGGUAAGUCUGUAUCUUUACAUCUUUACAUUUUAGAUAUUCAUACUAAUAUUUGGGGCAGGGAUCUUCUUUCUCUUCUUAAUGCUCAUUUGAUUUUAGAGGAUGGCACUUCCUCUUAAAUGGCUUUGUUCUACACCUAUUUGGAUUGAGAAUGGCUUUUAUCUUCUGAAAAAUUGAUUGCUCUUCAUUCUUUAGUACAGGAACAAUUGACUGCUGGCCGUAUUGAACCUUCCACUAGUCCCUGGAACACUCCUGUGUUUGUUAUAAAAAAGAAAAGUGGAAAAUGGCGUUUUUUAUCUGAUCUUAGAAGAAUAAAUGAAUGCAUUCAACCGAUGGGGCCUUUACAAUGUGGUCUUCCUAAUCCUAAUUCAAUCCCACGAUCUUAUAAAUUAUUAGUUGCAGAUUUGAAAGAUUGUUUUUUCACCAUUCCUUUACAGUCGCAGGAUAAAGAAAAAUUUGCUUUCACUGUGCCUGUUUUAAAUAAUAGUCAACCUACACAACGAUAUCAUUGGUCUGUUCUACCACAAGGUAUGCUCAAUUCUCCUACUAUUCGUCAAUAUUUUGUGGAUCAAGCUUUGCAACCUUUUCGUGCUCAAUUUUCUUCUUUUUUUAGUUUAUCACUACAUGGAUGAUAUUUUAAUAGCAGGUCCAGAUUUUGAUGAAGAACAAGUACUACAAGCAUUAACUACCGUUGUAGCCAGCAGAGGGCUUUACAUCGCUCCUGAAAAAAUACAACGCACUGAACCUUAUUCAUAUUUGGGGUUUAAAGUUUUACAAUCUUCUUCCAUUCCUAUCUUACCUGAACUUAAAGUGCAAUCUUCAUAUAUCUUGGUUCAAUGGCAAAAACUCUUAGGCAUAAUUAAUUGGGCUCGUCCAUAUUUUCAAAUUUCUACAGGAGAAAUGUUACCUCUCUUUUCCUUGUUAAAAGGUUCUAAGCAUCCUGAGGAUCUGGUGUCUCUUACCACUUUGCAAAAGAAAUGUCUCCAGGACAUUCUAAAUAAACUUAAACUGAGAUAUGUUGAUAGAAUUGUCUCUAUAGCUACUAAAUUAUGGUUAGCAAUUCUUCCUACUUCACCACUACCUACUGGUUGUCUUUAUUCUCUUUUAGAUGAAAAAGUGAUUCAUAUUCAUGAAUGGUUGAAUUUGUCUGCUUCUCCUCCUAGAAAUAUUUUUCCUUAUCAACAAGCUUUAGAAGAAUUGAUCAUGAAAGCACGACAAAGAUCUUUGCAAUUAAUAGGUCAUGAUUUGGAUGGUAUUGCUUUCACUCGUACUAAACUUGAACAUGAACAUUUAAUGACUGUUUCUGACUCAUAUCAAAUUGCUUUUUCUCAAUAUCUUGGUGAUAUUCAAUAUUCUUUACCUAAAGAUCCUAGAAUAGUUAUUACAAAUACAUUAAAUCUUUCAUUUUCUUCUAUUUUUACUCAUUCUCCUAUUCAUGAAGCUUUAACAGUAUUCACAGAUGGAUCACCUACUCGUGGUGUUGUGGUUUGGACAGAUGGUCAACAAUGGUUUUCUAAAUUCACUUCCACUCAGACAUCUGCCUAACGUUCUGAGUUGGCAGCUGUUAUUUUUGGCUUUAAGAUUAUUUUCUGAUCAGCCUCUUAACUUGAUUGUUGAUACAAAAUAUGUAUUUCUUGCAAUGCAAUCUCUUCCUUAUGCUUAUUGUUCUGUUUCUCUUGAUGUCAAUCUUUUGUCUUUAUUUUUAUCUCUAAAACAUGUUUUGGAAGAACGUGUCUUUCCUUUAUAUGUUGAGCACAUUAGGAGCCACACUCCUUUUCAAAAUUCUUUGACAGAAGGAAAUCGACAAGCUGAUGAAACUCUAAAAGAUGUCACAACUCUUUUUUCUGAUCCUGUUGCUAGUCAUUCAUAUUUUCAUCAAAAUGCUAAAUCUUUGGCUAAACAAUUUUCUGUUCCUAUUUCCCAGGCUCGUGAUAUUGCUCGAGGAUGUACUUCUUGUCAACAAUUUGCUGUUCCUUUUCCUAUGGGAGUAAAUCCUUGGGGAACAAAAGCCAACCAAAUUUGGCAAAUGGAUGUCACACAAUUUGCUACUUUUAAGCCAUACACUUAUUUACAUGCAAUCAUUGACACAUAUUCUCACUUUUUAUGGGUCACUGCCUCCAGACAUGAACGCACUUCUGAUGCAAUGUCUCACUGUCUUUCUGCUUUUUCUGUCAUGGGCCGACCAAUUCAAUUGAAAACAGACAAUGGUUCACCAUAUACUAGUAAGGAAUUUACUUCUUUUUGUCAACAAUGGAACAUUCAAUUAAUACAUGGAAUUCCUUACAACUCUCAAGGGCAAGCUAUCAUUAAGCGAGCUCAUCGUACAUUCAAAGCUACAUUAACUAAAUUAAUAAAAACUGAAUCUGGUCCAUUCAAUUUGCGAAGGAUUCAAAAUUUGAUUUCAAUUGCUCUGUUUAUUUUAUUUAUUUAUUUGUUUUAAUUUGUAUACCGCCCUAUACCGUAUACCGUUUACAUGGACCUAUACCGUAUACCGUUUACUAUAUACCGUAUACGGUAUACCGUAUACCGUUUACAUGGAAUUAUUUAACAUCUUUAGAUUCCUUUUCAGAAAUUCCAGUCAAUUUACAUUUUCAUAUUCAGGAUCCUGUUUCACGACCUUUAGUACUCUAUCGUCAACUUCCUGAUCCUGCCUGGCGUGGACCUACUAAACUUAUAACCUGGGGUCAUGGUUACGCUGCAAUUGAAGAUCUGCAAACGAAACAAGCUGUGUGGAUUCCAGGCCGCUGUGUUCGUCCUUACCAUGGAAAAACGAAUGAAAACUCUCAAGUCACAACAUCCUCCACUCUUGACUUGGGACCAAUUUGAAGUUCAACAACGAUUCAACAAGUCCUUUCUUAUGUGUUGUUUUUUCUUUUGUUUUCUCUCUCUAGUUUCUGCUAACUCUGAGGCAAUUCUUGAUUUUCCCCUUAGUGUUAAUCUUUGGAUUCGUCAUGCUCAAUGUAUGUUUUUGAUUCAUGGUAGUAAUGUAACUUUAUAUUAUGAACCUCCUAUGGCUCUUGGUCAAGUUGCUUUUAUUCCUAAUCUCAUUAAUUCUUCUGCUAUCUGUGGAUGUUUUCCUUUCACUCAUCUCAUGUUUUAUUGUUUCGCAACUUCAACAUAUUUCUUCUUCUUGGUUAUUUUCUACUCCUCCACAUGAAUUAAAUUUAGUUAAAUGGAAGUAUCUUCAUAUUAAUCAAUUUACUAGAGGUUUAUGUUUUUGUUGUUAUGCUCAUCAUAAUUGGCUUAAUAAAUGGUCUGAUCACUCGAAAGCUAAAUGUAUUUUAGACAAAGUAGGGAAUUAUAGUUAUUGUAUUCAGAAAUAUUGGUUAUGGGGUAAUCUUAAUGAAACAUCACAGGGUCAUAAUCUUAUACCUGAUAUGUAUCCUGAUGAUUUUCCUAUUUUUCAAGCUACUGAAGUUUCUGAUAUAGGAUCAAGUGGAUCAAUCUGUGCUGGAUGGCAAUUAAAAGAUCCUGCUAUGUGGUUUUUCUUUGAUAAAUAUGCAACAAAUGUACACCCUCAGAACUACCAAUGUGCUGCAAUUGGAUAUUUGUCUUUACCUGUACAAAUAGAUGUUUCUGAUAGAUUGUCAACUCGAAGGAGAUGUGCAGCCUUGGGACCAACAUGUUCUGAUGAAGUUAUUAUUGAUACUCAACUUUCUUCAUUGCCUACUUUUGGACGUGCUUUAGCUGGAACUAUAACUGGAACUAUUACUUUGGGAUCAUAUCCAGGAAUAAUGGCUCAAGGAAAUAGACAUUCUAUUCUGGGACUAACAUGUCGAUUGAGGAAAUCUAUUAAUGCUAUUGCUGCAAUUAUUCCUGAUUUGCAGAAUGAAAUUGAAGAACUAAAUCAAGAUUUGAUUCAACAACGUUUUGCUAUAGACUAUUUGUUAGCUCGUCAAGGUGGAUUUUGUACAUUGGUUGGUCAAUGUGCUGUACAUUUCCAUUCACUUAAUAAGACUAUUGAAGAUGAAUUAGUUAAUUUACAAGCUUCUAUACAAAAUAAUGUACAUGAAGAAUUUUCUCCUUUUGCUUGACUAACUAAUUGGUUACCUGAUAUUGCUUGGUUAAAACAAUUGUUUUUCUAUGGUGUAAUUGUAAUUGCAUUACUUAUACUUUUUUUGUUGUUGUAUGCAAUGUAUUCCUACAUUUUUUGCAAUGUUUCGUAAGUCACCUCAACCUACUUUGAAUGUGAUUCAAUUGCGUGCUCUUGAUAAAUCUCGUUUUCCUUCAUUAAAAUAAAAAGCGAGGAAAUGUAGGGUUAUUACAAUGCUCACCUGUAUGGUUUUGGAAAAUGCAGUUACACGAAAUUGCAAACGUCAGCAGUUCUCAUCUUUGAGCAGUGUUUCUAGCAUGUACAAGGACACAGGGUGAAACAGUGUAUAACCUGCAACAUUUGCCGCUUUCAUUGUAUCUUUCAUUGUGUGUGAAUACAUCCAUAUUCUCAUGAAAACCAAUGAUGUAAUUACUAACCAAUUAUUGUGCCUUGGAGAUUUGUUAACCAAUAAUAAAGUAACAUGCAUAGUAGGUGAGAACUAAGAAACUUAGAAACUAUAUAAAGUAUGUCUGAUGCUCAAUAAAGUUGCUGUUGAUUCUGCUGUUGA